AUGAGUGACGAUUUUAACACAGCCGCAGCGGAAUCUGCGCAGCGACAGGUUCGUGUGCAGCUUGUCAGCCAGCAGGAGGAUAUUGCUCUGCCUGAAAGCACCGGCCCAAUUCUGGUUCCCACUGGACUUCGCCGAUAUGCGCUGUCAACUCUGGUCAACAACCUUCUCUCCAGCGAGAAGCCAAUCCCAUUCGAGUUUUUAAUCAACGGUCAAUUUUUGCGAACCUCGAUCGAUGAAUAUCUGGUUGACAAUGGCAUUUCCGCCGAAACAACUCUCGAAAUCGAAUACGUUCGAGCAUUGAUCCCCCCUCUGCAUAUCGCUUCAUUCCAACACGACGACUGGGUUAGCGCCACAGAUGUUCUCUCAAAGACCUCGCCUGCUGCAUCAUGGGCCUCUGGUGCCACUUUCACCCCGGGCCAAGAGCGAAUUUUGUCUGGAAGCUAUGAUGGCCUGCUUCGCAUUUGGAACAUGUCUUCUGAAACCAUUGCGACAUCCCCAGCCGCCGCCGACGGAGGCCACACUGCCUCCAUCAGGGCUGCUAAAUUUGUUUCCCCAAACCAGAUUGCAUCCGCUGGUCUGGAUCGCACCGUGCGACUGUGGAAGUAUACCGAGGAAGAAGGUGGCUUUGCUGGAAAGAUCUCUCCCCAGUUGGAAUUGUACGGACACAAGUCUGGAAUCGAAUCACUAGCUGUGCACGGCAAAUCCAACCGUUUGUUGACUGGUUCAUCGGACCACAACGUUGGAUUCUGGUCAACGAAGAAGGCCGACAGUCCGGCUGCCCCUGAGAACCUGCUUCCAUCUAGCAACGCCCGCAACACCAAGCGUCGCAAGCUGAACACAUCUGUCACCACCCCACAGCGCGGUCCAUUGUCUCUGCUGUCGGGUCACACCGCACCCGUUUCUGCUGCUAUCUUCGAUGGAAAGGAUGCUACCGUUGGUUACUCUGCUUCAUGGGAUCACUCCAUGCGCACCUGGGAUCUGGUUACCGGUUCUCUUGUUGACACCCGCACUACAUCACACUCGCUUCUUUCUCUCGAACACCUCCCCGAACUUAGCCUGUUGGCUGCCGGUACUGCUGCCCGUCACAUCACCCUGAUUGAUCCUCGUGCGUCUGCCACCACUGUGGCUGCCAUGACCCUCCGAGGCCACACCAACGCUGUCGUGAGUCUGGCCCGUGACCCGCACAGCACCUACGGUCUUAUCAGUGGUAGCCACGACGGCACAUGUCGAAUUUGGGAUAUCCGUUCCACAAAGACCGACAAGGAAGGUGUUGUUGGUGAGAGUGUUUACUCCAUCACUCGCAAGAGUCUUGAAGAGGAGGGUAAGUCUGAUAGCAAGCGUGUUGGUGGUGAGGGUGUCAAGGUCUUCAGCGUGUGCUGGGACAAGACUGUUGGCAUUGUCAGCGCGGGUGAGGACAAGCGGAUUCAAAUCAACCGCGGCGAGGGCGUGCUGUCUUCGAAGCAAUAA